UGCAGCUGUGGCAGCUGUCAGGGCGUGGAGUGGUCAGGAAUGUGCCAGGGCGGCACGUAAGAAAUAAACGUUAUGCCUGGUUGGGACACUGUAUGGGGAAAGCAACUCUGCAAAUUCACCCACUGCAGUAUCCCCAUAGCUGGGGGACGGUGAGAUGCCUUGAGGCAGAACCAGCUGUUUAGAAGCAAAGGGUUAACUUGAACAUGUGCGUUUCUGGAGUUCUUUCCCCCCACUCCCUUCCCCUCUGAUGUUUGACGUUCCCUUGCCAGGAAUUUUCCAGGCCUAAAUCCAUCUUCCACCAGCAACGGCCCCCUUUCCAGCUUUGGGUUCUUCUGGACCGGAGGCGGCAGCGGCAGCAGCAUGAAGGAAAAAGCCGGAGAAAAAGAGAAAGGGGGAAAGGGUGACACCAUGUCUGUGAUAUAUAGUGAGGUCGCUGCUGAUGAACCAACUACAAACAGCUUUUGGAUGCCCAAUCAUUACCAGAGCACAGUCAAGCGGCUGGAUGAUGGUUAUCGUGUCUGUGAUCAGAUUGUCACCUGUUUCCAGGAACGUGCAAAAAUUGAACGGAGCUAUGCCUUGAUGAUGGAGGAGUGGACUCGCAAGUGGCGGCCCCUUGUUGAUGGAAGUCCAGCAUAUGGCUCCCUGCUCCGGGCCUGGCAAGCAUUUUUGGGGGCCUCAGAGAGGCUGAGUCGGCUACACAUGGAGAUGCAAAGGACUUUGGUUUCUGAGGACACUGCACGCAUCCGGUCCUGGCAACAUGACUCCUAUCAUCGCAAACUGUUUGGGGGCUUCAAGGAGGCCUGUGAUUUAGAAAGUGGCUUCCAGCGGGCACAGAAACCCUGGACCAAGAAGCUCAAGAAGGUCGAGAAGACCAAAGCUUUGUACCACAAAGCCUGUCGCAAAGAGCACAUCUCAGCCCUACGGGAGAGUGGACUUCAGGCUGCAGCAGGGGCAGAGGUGCCCCCUGACCGGCAACGUGCCUUGCGGGAGGAACAUCAGCGAUGCAGCCAAGACGUCAACAAGGUGCGUGAGCGCUAUGAGAAGGCCCUGCAGGAGCUUGAUCGCUGCAGCCCACGCUACAUGGAGGAGAUGGAGUCGGUUUUUGAGCAGGGGCAGGCGCUGGAGCAGAGACGGAUCGUGUUCAUUAAGGGGGCCUUCCUGGCCCUGCACCGGCGCCUUGAUGUCACCUCGGACCCCAGCAUCCAGGCUGUUUAUAGUGACUUGCACCAAGCCAUUGAGAACAUAAAUGACCAGGAUGACCUCAAAUGGUGGCGUAAUCGAUAUGGACCGGGGAUGCCCAUGAACUGGCCGCAGUUUGAGAGUUGGAGUCCUGACCAGGAACGAACACUAGUGAAAGUCAAGAAAGCCAAAGAACCAGAGAAGGCAACACUCCGCAGCCUUACCCCUUCCCAGAGCAGUGCAAAGCCAGCCCCUGUAUCCGUGUCAGGACAGCGGGUCCGUGCUGUGUAUGACUACACCGGUCAAGAGGCAGAUGAACUAAGCUUCAAGGCAGGGGAGCUGCUUACCAAGUUGGAAGAUGAAGAUGAGCAAGGAUGGUGCAAGGGGGUGACUGACGGUGGACGUGUGGGGCUCUACCCUGCCAACUAUGUGGAGCCUGUACAGGGGUAGCUGGAAGGAUUUACAUAUAAAGGGGGGGGCAGAGGGGCCCCAUAUCCAUACACCAAUGUUAGGACUAUUUUUGUUCCAUCCUUCAGAGAUCACACUGUGCAAACACAGACUGGCGCAAAAUUCAGCUUCCUUAGAAACACAGCUAUAUAUGUUUUUUAAAAGGCAAGGCACUUUCUAGGCCAUAUGGCUGCAAAGUUAACCCUGAAAAUAUGUGUGGGCGGUGCUAAAUAGUCUCAGAAGCCCACAGGUAGAUUGGUGGGUAGGGGAGAAAUGGAUCUUUAGGUGGAUGUGGUGUCUGGCUUCUGCAUUGGUUCUUCCUCCCACGCACUAGGUACUAUAUAUUAAAAAGUCAUGCAAAACAUGCCCGCUUUGCAUAAUUUAUCUAGGGAAGGUCAACAUUUGGCUUUCUUUCUUGGACAAGGGAGGGGGCAGAAUACAGAAUACUAUAGCUCUGAUGACCAGGUGGAAACUUAGAAAUAGCCAUGGACAAAAAGCUAGUUGACAAACAGAUUCUUCACAAAAGUACAAAACACAAAACACACAUUUCUGACCGGACACACACAUCCGGUCUAAGUGACACGCCAUGUGCCUGCAGCCUCACACACACCCACACAGUUGCAGACACUGCCACUCCUUCUCCUCGUGUUUGCAAGACCCAUGCAGAUUGAUCAAGGUGCCUUUUAAAUAUCUCAUUUAUGAGCUGUGGCCUGAAAACACCCUGCUCCCAAAGGUUUGCUAACACCGACUGGAAGCCCUGACAGAGACUCCCGA